ACUCAAUUCUCGUAUAAAUGCGUUCCAUCACGUCUUGGCCGUUCAGUUGUGGUGUAACCUUCCAGCGCUCUGUACCGAGACUGAGUCAAUCUUAGUGAUUCUAUCUUCCUCCACUGAUCAUUAUUGAAUUCAUCCCACUCAAGAUGUCCAAAGUGUUGUUGUUUGCUCUCGUUGGCCUGAUGGCUGUCACACUUAUCACGGCCCGCUCCACUGAUAAACAGUCAGUUUGCACUGUUGGUCGACACGGUGACCCCUGCGUAUCGGUGAGUCAGUGCUGCCCCGGUCUGAGGUGCAACUCCUACGCCGGCAGGUGCCAGGUGAUCAUCACUGCUGAGGAAUUGAUGGCACAGCGGGAGAAAAUUUUCUCGAAAAAUAAGAACAAGAACAAGAGUUCAGCCCCUGGUGCCUAAUAUAAUCGCAUAAUCAUAAGUUUCUGCUUUGACAAUCAACUCUGUCGUUAGAAUCUCAAAGAUCAAUUGCCUGAACUAAUCAUUAGCCUUGUAUGAUGAAGAGAAAUUAGAUCCUGUCGAUAAUUUGAA